AUGUCUGACCACGACGAGACCACCGCUGGUUCGGGUUAUAACACCCCGGUCCCCGAAUUGGACGAUCACCGUCAUCAACUCUCAACACAGAGACCUGACCGCCCUCGACGUGGUACCGUUGAUACGAUAUUUGGAUCCCGUCAGCAUUUACAACCGACUGGUCCUUAUUCGCCCUCCGAUGUACGAGUGCGAGAUUUUGAGGAGGCGAUAGUCGAUGAUGAGGAUGGAAAUGCGUCUCCAAUGGCAUCCCGAAGCCGUAGGCCUACGUUCGAGUCGACGAACGAACAGCAUCGUGCUGUUUCUCCCCCGAACUCUGUCAAGGCUUUUGCUGAAGCCCGCCGUCGUGAACGUGCUAUGUCGACAGUAGAUGUUCGGAACCCAAGGCAGGAGGAAGGCGACGCUCUUCAUCGCACUUAUUCCUCCAGAAGCCAAGCUAGUCAUACUAGCCAACGCUCUGGACGAAGCAGGCCGGAUACGUUCAUCGCCGAUGAUGGAGCUAGUAUGGCAACGAACAAGACCGCUGAGGAAGAUGUGUGUUUUCCCAUGCAAGAAGAACAUCGCCGGGACCAACUGCACAUCGAUUUCGACUACUUGGAGGAAUUUAUCGCAUCGGAAUAUACCGCACGGACGCGAAGGGAAAGUGCCGCUGGUGAGGGAGGUAUUAGAGUAUUCCCUAUGCUGAGGCCCGAUUCGGUGAUAUCAGAGCCUACUCCCAUGAUCACAGUCGACGGUGAUUUUGUCAACGUUCCGUCUGGCUCUUCCGAGGUCGACCCUGAGAAGUCGUUGCAGCUAGAAGAUGCAGAAGAGGCACGGGAGGCGGGCCACAAGCCAAUUGAUAAAGAGGCUCAUCGAGAUAGCAACCGAUUUGGUUUCUUUUCCUCUGCAGAACCGGAUACCAUUGAUGCUUCUACGCUCGGAAGUCUUUUCUUAUCCGAUGGGGAGCUACGUCGUCUCUUCACACUUCCUCCCGAUCAGCCAGAUGGUGUCUGGUGGUUGAAUGUCAAUCGCCCCACCGAAGAGGAAGUCCGUGUCCUAUGCAAAGCCUUUGGAGUUCACCCCUUGACGGCGGAAGAUAUUACAACUCAAGAGGCCCGUGAGAAGAUUGAAAUCUUCCCAUCAUAUUACUUUGCCUCUUUCCGAUCUUUCAACGUCAUCGAAGACCAAGAAUGUCCUGACUACGAACCUUACAACAUUUACGUAGUUGUCUUCCGUGAGGGCACUCUUAGCUUCAGCUUUUCUCCCAAUAGGCAUGCUUCUCAGGUCCGAAAGAGAAUCUCUAGUCUCAAAGAUUACGUAUCUUUGAGUAGCGACUGGAUUUGCUAUGCUUUGAUCGAUAAUAUCGUCGAUUCAUUCGCUCCCGCCCUUCAUCGGGUUGAACAGCUUACGGAGGGCAUCGAGGAUCAAGUCUUUGUCGCCCGUCCUGAUGAUAUGCAUAGAUUCCUACGUAGGUUAGGUGCUGUGCGCAAGAGUACACUUGCCCUCAUGCGUGGAUUAGGGGGUAAGGCCGAUAUCCUGAAGGGUUUUACAAAGCGCUGCAACGAGGACUACAAAGUCACACCGCGCAUGGAUAUAGGCAUGUAUCUUGGUGAUAUCCAAGAUCACGUCGUGACCAUGAUGACCAACCUGACCCAUUUCGAAAAGAUCUUGUCUCGCGCCCACAGCAAUUACCUUGCACAACUCACAAUUGAUAGUAUCAUGCAAGGGACCCAAACCAAUCAGGGUCUAAGCAAGAUCACCUUCUUGGCCAGCAUUAUCGUUCCACUCAAUGUGGUUACAGGUUUGUUUGGUAUGAAUGUCAAAGUCCCUUUUAUGGACGUUGAUAAUACCAACGCAUUCUUCACCAUAUUGGGAUGCCUCAUGGGUUUUUGCACUCUGUGUCUCAUCAUCGCGCGGAAGAUGAAGCUUAUAUAG